UCCAGACCGGAUGUUGUCGUCGCAGGCUUCACCGCCGCUGCUUUGCGCGCUUGUAUUUUAUUUCCUGUUUUGCAGCAAGCAACAAAUUCUCAACAAACAGAACUAAAGGUCAUAAAAAGUGAGUUUACUUUACUUAAAUAUGAUCUAAAAUUAAACCGGCAUUUGAAUGGACGCGAACUCAAAACCCUCCGCGCGACGAGAGAAGGAGGGUGUGACAGCGCCCCUCAGAGGUCGACUGAUGUCUGACAGCGCGUCUCUUCCGUCUUACACCGAGUAUCCCUCGGGACGUCCCUUCAUAAACACACACCUGCCCUUCACUAACAGAGUCACCAAAGCCUUUCCUGAGAGCAGCGGAGCAGCCAUUCUCUCAGCGCUGAAGAACCUGCAGGAGAAGAUUCGUCUUCUGGAGCUGGAGCGAUGUGAUGCUCAGAAGAAGCUCCAGACCGUCUCCAGAGAGUCCACACACUCGGACCACACACACACAAACCACGAUCUGCUCUCUCAGCUGUCUGCGGCCGAGGCUCAGUGCUCACGCUUGGAGAGACAUUUGGAGCACAUGAGGAAGACCGUGAGAAACACCGAAUCAGACAGAAGCGCUGUGCUGCGUCGACAGGUGUCUCUGGAGCGUCUGGGAUCAGCGGAUCGGACUGAUGUUCAGCUGAAGCUGCAGAAGCUGGAUCUGCUGGAGCAGGAGUAUCACCGGCUGACGGAGACUCAGAGCUCCACUGAGAGGAAGAUCAGACAGCUGGAGAGGAAACUACAGGAAGAGGAGCAUCAGAGGAAACUGGUGCAGGAGAAAGCAGCUCAGUUGCAGACGGGUCUAGAAGCCAAUCGUCUGCUCAUCCAGUCUGUCUCUCCACGUCCACAUAAAUCCAGCAGAAUCAAACCGAAGAAACUCUCAACAAAGAAACAUCCGUCGCAGCCGCAGCCGCAUUACAGACUCAGUCUGGGAGAUGUGCCGUUUGUGACCGGGACGUCGACAGGCUCGAGUCACUCCGUACGAGCAAACGUCCAGCACGUCCUUCAUCUCAUGACGCAGCAUCAUCCUCAGCUGUGUAACGAGCGGGUGCUAGGACACGCCCCCUCUGCCAAUCACAGCACUAGCUCCUCCUCUUCCUGUGGGGAGGAGCUGUCAGAGCUGCUGCUGACGCUGCAGGACGAGUUUGGACAGAUGAGCUUCGAGCAGCAGGGAUUGGCCAGACAGAUCCAGUCGUGUGGUUCGGAUCGCUUGCGGCAGGAUUUGGAGCGAGAGAUGGAGUCGCUGGUGAAGAGGAUGGAGAAUAAAGGAGAACAGAUCGCUAAAGUCAGACGACAUCAAGCUCGGAUGGAGACGUCGAGGAGAAGUCAGAAGAGCGCAGGAGGAAGAGGAGCACAGGUGAAGGUCAAAGAGAGACCAGGUGAGCGCAGCAGAGACUCUCUGCGUCUGCUGAAGGACAUGCGCUCGCUGCAGACCUCUCUGUGCAGCUGGGAAUACUGACAACAUGCGAGUGGCUCAGGGUCAAAGGGCACAACAAAAGAUAUUUAUAUGUGUGUGUGGAAAAUUGGCUAAAAAUAAUGUAACAGUGCAGAGAAUCUCAGUGUUCUUCAAACAGCUCUUUUUUAAUGCAGAAUAUCAUUUAUUUUAUUUGUUUUCAUCACUUUCUUCUUUUGGUUUGUUUGCAUAGUUUUUCCGGAUGUUUGAUUUAAUUAGAAAACAAAUGAUGUGUCGAACAGAAUCUGCGUUAAGACGUCUCUUCAGCUUUAUCCCAUGAAGGGUUUAUUAUGUGUUAUAAUAUUUCUGGAGCAGAAUAAAGGACCGAUGUUCAAAUCAUAAAAAAACAAUAUAUCUAGUUGUUUCCACCUCAGCGAUUACCCUGAGUCUUGAGCAACACGUUACAGUAAGAUCUCAUUAGUUAAUGAAAAGUAAACACAUUAUCACAGCAUCUGUUACUUC